AGUGAGCUACUGCUUUCAUCAUCCACUGCUAACUUUUAUUCAUAUCUCAUUUUCUUUUUCUCGUUUGUACCGUGUUUCGUGUCAUUUUGGUAUUGUUGCUUUUUGUCGUGUCGCCCGCCUUUCGGCACCAGCUGAGUUUUAUUUUUGGCAUAAGUAUCUCAAUCUUUUACUUUUUGAAAUUGAGACCAACACACUUGAAAAACGACCAUGUCUGCUGACCCCGACGACAUUCAAUUCUCUUCCUCGGGCGAAGAGGAGCGCUCUACCGUCGGAGGAUCAGCAGCAGCAGCGCCAUUAGAGGCAAAUAAUGCCACCAACGACCUGGAAGGAACAAUGGACAGCAGCGAGCUGCAUGAUUCCACAGUGCAACAACUCAAUGACGAUCCCGACGAGCCCAGUAAUCUGGAGCCAGACGAUUUUCUCUUCGAGCACGCGCAACAACCUGGCGAUAAUUUGUCGGCAAAUACAACAGCACAGGCCAACAAGAUGAGAACAAAUAGCACUACUUCUCCGUCGAAAGUAGACCCCACCACCCGGUUCCGUUUCCUGAAAACCCCGCACCAGCUGAACAAAUUGAUAAAACAAACCUCGCACCACGUCCGCGAGGUCGCGCACAUCCAGCAUGUCUAUGAAUUGCAAAAGUAACGUACUAGUAUAAAUUGCAAUACAAAUUGGCUCAGCAUUACAAAUUGAAUUUGUUGUAAUGCGGAUUUGCCUUGGGAACUAGAUUUGUAAUGCAUAAAUGCAAUUAGUACGAGUACGAUACUUUUGCACAGGAUAAUGUCGCGCAGCGGCACUACAUGGAAUCGACGUAUCUCCAAGCCGCUUUUCGACCCCAUAGCCUAUCAACUGCAAAAAUGUCUGGGUCUAGAAACUUGUGAUGCUAAAAUGUGACUGGUGGGCGGACUGCAAUACGCAGCCAAGCAUGACAAAUUUUUCAACUACUACUGUGUUUCGUUUUCCGCAUGGCAAAUUGCGUUUCUGCAUGACAGGCAAGAGGCCAUUUUCCUGCUCAUGCAUUACAGAUUUAUGAGUCAUGCCAGACAAGCAUGACAAAGUUGCAUUCUUCCAGACCCAGACAUAUUUGCAUUUGAUAGAGCCACAUCCCGGACAACGUGACCGCAUUAGCGGCCGGGUUUUGUCAGCUGUUUGACUCGAAUUACUUGACGUUCCCGGGAAGGAAGUCCCUGCAGGUAGAAGUGGAGCGAGCGGUGUUUAAAGUAACAAGCAAACCGGCUUUGUCAACAUCUUCGGCGGCUGCAACGCAGGAGCAAACGACCGACGGCGGGGAGCAGACCACGACAUCUACACGAAACAACAGCACCAGCAGCAGCAGCAGUAGCCGCCGUCAGAUCAACUACGCCUCUAUGAAGCCCGGGGUUACUUUCGUAGAUUUUGUGGAAAUAUCCUGUGCAAAAGUAUAGUACUCGUAGUAAUUCUAAUUGCAAUCAUGCAUUACAAGUCUUGUUUCCAAGGCAAAUCUGCAUUACAAAUUUUAUUUCUCAUGCUGAGGAAAUUAUGCAUUUAAUAUACGAGUACGAUACUUUUGCAGUUGAUAGGAAAACAUCUACAACUUUUUCAACAACCGGCCGGCUGUUUAUCAAUUGCAAAAAUGUCUGGGUCUGGAAGAUUGCAGCUUGUCAUGCUGUUUUUGGACUCGAAAAAAAUUUGUAUUGCAUGACCAGCAAGAGGGGUGGAAUUUGUGCUACACGGACAGGGCAUUUCUCAUGCGGAAGGUGCAUCUGGAAGCCGUCUAAAAGUCUGCGAUGCUAGGUCAUGCAUUACAGGCAUCCUGGGUCAUGAGAAAUAUGCAUGACAGAUCUUGCAUUCUUCCAGACCCAGACAUUUUUGCAUUUGAUACUAUUCAAGGGGGCCCGAUCUUACUCCAGACCGGGACGAGAGAGAGCGACAAGCAAAGGUUGAGUAGGAGUGACGCGGAACUGUUGUUCUACGAGAUUUUGAACCCAGUUACGGUCACGGAUACGAACAUUCUUUUCUGGCUACAGCCGGAAAAUCACAUACCGCUGGUGUUUUCAUCUACUUCUUCCGGAGGUGCAUCUGCUGGCAACGGGGUAGAGGGCAAGAAAUCGAAAUUUCAGAUCGACGCGAAAGACCUUGUGGUCCAGAGGACUCCUGCGGUACCAUCACCGCCCGAAAUGAAGCAAAAGCUGCAAGAACGAUUAUCCUUCAACAACACUACCACCCCGAAACUAUACCUGACCCGCGACCGUUUCCGGCGGUUCAUAUCCACAACGAAUCGAAAUCUCCGGGAUGCUUGUCGUUUAUGGGAGUGUCAGGAUUGAAAUCGACAAAGUUAAAAUGAUUUGUCAUGCAAAAAAUGCAAUCCACAAAAUGCCUGUCUUGCAGAGUAGACAAGUGAGGCAGAUUAGAAGCCUGUUGAGAAGUAGAAAUGCAUAGAGCUGCUAAAGUAGCAUGACAAAAAGUGUCUUCCUUCCCCAAACAGCAUGACAAACUGGAUUUGGGUUCUAUCCAAAUUUGCCAUGCGCCACUUGAAAAUUGGGCGCCAACUGCUAUCCGUUUUAUGCAUUACAGAUUAUUUCAACUUAGUCGAUUUCGAUUCUGACGCUUCCAUACCGUUCUCAACUCCGCCACGAGUACGAUGGUUUAGAGGGGAUUUUGAACCUUUUAGUGCGGAUAUCGCAAGAAAAAACUGUUUCACUGGGAACUUGUGAUGCAGAAAAUGGAACACAGAACUAUUUGUCUUGCUGCACCUACAAGGCAUUGGAUUUUCAAGCGUAUUUUCCCUUGGGAAGAGCGCAUGACAGAUUUUCAGUGUCAUGUGUGUCAAACUUGUGAUGCAGAUCUUGCAAAUAUAUCAUCACAGAGAAGCAGUUUUUUCGUGGGAUAGCGGAAAUACGGUUCUUUGAGCUCUGCUUGGCGGAACUUGUUUGACAGGGAAUGCAAGGGGAUUGGGAUUAAUUGGGCUUUGUUCCGAUCGAAAAUGGCGAUGAUUACGGAAAAAAACGUCCGGUUUAUUUGGGAUUUCCUCAUGCCGGACCCGGUGAAAGUGACGGAUAACCGGUUCAGUAACCAGCAAUUACUCACUUUAGAAUCGUUUGAUCAACAGUCGUUUCAGUUGAUAGAAGACUUGGGAAGACUCGUUUUCAAAAACUAUCUAACCGCAGAGCAGUGCUGGUACGAGUACGAUCUGAACGAGAAGAACCAAAUCGACAAACUCCAGUUCGAGAACCUCUGCUCGGAUUUGGGUCUACACUCCGAUUGCUGGGUGGAAUUGUGGCUGCAGCUGUCGGAUUCUUUUACGAGUCACUCCGUGAUUGUAAAACCGACCUUUUGCAGUAUUUUGACCAACUACUACUUCAAGAACCCGAACAGUUCCACGAGUAACAUUACCGACGAGGAGAUCGGGCUGCACUUCUGCAAGUGGGUGAAGUACUGCUACGGAAACCCGUAUAACCUCUGGAAAUCCAUCACGGGGAAACACGGGAAAAAGCAGGAAUUUGUUUGUUCAUCUGAGCAGUUGCAGCGGGAGUUAAGCUUGCGAGGUUACGAAAACCCGGUGAGAGUCGUGAAGAUGCUGGCUAGCCGGGAAAAGGCCCAUUUGCAGUUUCGAAGAUUAUCGGAAUUGUUGCUGAAGAAGGACUAUUAAGUGCAAAUAUGUCUGGGUCUGGCUCUGGAAGAAUGCAACUUGUUGUGAUGCUGCAUUUGGAUUCCAAAAAAAUCUGUAUUGCAUGAGCAGCAUCGAAAGGAAUCUAAUUUUUGCUACGCGGAGAGGGCAUUUGUCAUGCGGAAUAGGCAUUAACAAGAUCAAGAAGCCCUCAAAAAAUCGGUGUUGUUUAGGUCAUGCAUCACAGACAUCAUGGCAGCUCAUGCAAAACGUGCGUGACAAGUGUAGAUACUUAGUAUAAAAGGGUCUUAACGCAAAGAAGGGCAGUCCAAUGGGGCUUUUUGUAUAUGGGGUCCACCCAUCGCCGUUUAGCGAAGUAAGCAACUCGAUGGCUAACUGACCCCGCCCCAUUUAGUUGGCCGCUAUGCGGGGCGUUUUGUAAAAACUGGAGGACUUCUUCGCCCGUCUCCGGGUGGCGUGCCCGGGGUUCAGUAUGAAUGAACUUGCCCGGGAAAAUAACACGCAGCGGGGCAAUCGGGCUGAUCCGUAAGCCAGUCGAGGCAUGCCCUUUCUCCGCGUCGUCAUAUGUGGUUAUUGGGUUCUGUUGGCAUGUGUCAGGGGGUUCCUGCCUUUGGCAAUUCCCGGCUCCUCCCAGUCCCAUAGAUGCGCUUCGAUGAUUGCCGCCGGGGACAUUUGUGUGCGGUCAGCUGGAUGGCUGUGACCUGGCUGGUCUUGUGAACGCAGCUGGAUGUGAUUGUGACCUGGCUCUUCUUCGAUGGGCAGGCGGAUGGCCGUGACCUGUCUCGCCCUCCCAUCAAAGCACCUAUUCCGUAGCUUGCUCCUAGGCGUUGGUUGCCAGGCCCGCGAAUGACAGACUCCAAGGCAGCCGGAUGGUUAUAGAGGGCUUCCUCGUCGAUCGAUUGUGCCACUAGGGCCUUGCGUUCCGGCUUCUCCAGCUCGCAAUCGUCACCCAGGGCCAGCCGUUGCGCCAGGGGCCUUAUCGAAUGCCUAGAAAAAUUUUGUGUUGGCGUUUUUCGCGCUGCGCCGCUUUCCCAGGUUGCAGGAGGACACUUCUGGGGCCGUUUCCCCGUUUCUGGUGGCGCCCCGCUUUUCAUGUUUUGUGUUCUGUGGCGUAGGGGCUGAGAUGGCAGGCCCGCCUGCUUCUUGUAGCGUUUGGCCCUGACCUGUUAUUGUUAUCUUUGCCGCCGCCCGCUCAGGCCUUGGUCGUUUGCUGUCGUUUCUUUCUUAUCCGGCACCGUCGGUCCCUGUGUGUGAAAAUGGAGCUUGUUUUUCUGUCAGGGACGCUUCCGUUGUGUUGCCCAUUGUAUUGUCUCGCGGGACAAUACGAUUGGAAAUCCCGAUGGACAUGUAAUAGACGGGUGAAGGGCGCAUGGGUUGUCAGGACCGGACCGCUACACCCUAGUCGCUGAGAGAGGCCGGGCGAUGUUGUUGUCAUCUCCUCCUGACAUGACAACAACAGAACGGGCUCCGCGUCGGAGACCAGCUUACAAACGGCGACCCCCGGUACCGUCCUCGCACGAUAACGAGACCAGGACGAAGCCAAAACGAUGAAGCCAGUCGGGCAGCUUUUACAAGGGCCCACCUCUGGCAACGCAAAACGCCGGCAAGCUUUCCCAUAGUGGUCGGCCGAGACGUUUACAGGGCCCCCAGUGUGUGGGAUUUCUGCUGCAAGUAAGUGGGGGCGCCAUUUGUGUUGUGCGCUCUGCGGGCCCGGGCGCAUCGCGUUAAGCUAGCAUAGGGAAGAGCCGGCGACGCAGCGUGCCGCCGGGCUCAAUUUUUGAGCCGCAUGGCACUACAACAAACGCAGAAAGCCCCGGCCGUCGCAGCGUUUUGCGCUUCCCACAUGCCCAGGGGGCGCCGCCUUCGUCUUUCCUGUCUGCGGCUACUAUGCGAAGCCCCAGCGUUCCGCGCAGUGCCUGCCAUAUUCAAAUGGUCACGCUGUGGCCGCACUCUGGCCCAUUAGAUAUUUGCACGCGACCACCCCAGGCCGGCAUUGCCGGAAAACCGAAGCCAAUCAAAACGAGGCCAAAACGAAGCCAAAGGGAAAAAAAGCCGAGGCCAAAACGAAGCCAAAAAGAGGCCAAAACGAGGCCACGCAGGCGCGUCUCGUGUCUGGAAGGGGAACGCGAAAAAUUUUGCAUUUUUGCCGUCGCCCGGCUCGCGCUGCCGUGCCGUCGUGGAAGCGACGCCAAAACGAGGCCCAGACGAGGCCAAAACGAGGCCCAGCGAUCUAAUUCUGGGCUUGCCUUUCCGGCGAAAAGUUGCAAUGGGUGGCCGCUUUUUUUCCGGGUGGCUUUGGCUUCGUUUUGGUUCCGUUUUGGCCUCGUUCCGGUUUCGUUUAUUUUGGCCUGCGCCCUUUCGGAUCGUUCUGGCCCUCUAUCUGCAGCAGAGGCAUGGGCCCAACCUGCGCCAGCAGGCGCGCGGGCCUUUCUUAUUUUGGACAACAGAACGGGCUCCGCGUCGGAGACCAGCGAUGAGGUCUCCAUAAGUCCCUUCGUAGUGGAGGGCCUUGUGUUCCGGCUCCUCCAGCUCGCAAUCGAUGGGGGGCGGGACCUGCACCGGCGACAGGCGCUACCCAACCAACCAACCAACCAACCAAGUCUCAGAAUCUUCCAGAACCAGACCCAGACAUAUUUGCAUUCGAUAAGGACGCGAAAGAGCAAAGCGAGGCCUUUCUUCCAGAUGAACAGCAAGAACCGGUAGAGGAUCCCCUCUUAGUAUGCUUAAAUUUAGCGGAGCGGCCGCGGGCUGACAAAAACAGUACAACCCCGCCAGGAGCAGGAGCAUUGAUGUCUGGGGUGGUGAAGAACAAGCAGAUGUUGAGCGGGCAAGAAGAAAAGCAAAAGACGCGAGAUGCAGCUACUUCUGCAGGCACAACUGCACGACCAUCUUCGCACACCAUCAUCCUAACCGGCCUCGCCCUCGUCGAGUUCUACAAUUCUGUGAUGCUGAUCUGCCCGCUGCUGAAUCACCCGCAGGACCGGAAAUUCCUGAAUUAUUUCGACGGAAGCGAGAAAUCGUCCCAGCUCGCGCGACUGUCGCAACAAACGGUUCGGUCGUCGAAUUUUUACCACUCCAGCCACGCGGACGAAUUGCAAAAGAUCCAGAACUAUCAAAUGUAAAAAUGUCUGGGUCUGGAAGAAUCCGAACUUGUGAUGCACAUUUCAGAACACAGAAAAAUCUCUCAUGCAUGGGUAGCAAAAGCUGCCCACUUUCUGUCACCAAAGUGGGGGAUUUGUCAUGCGGAUUCGACAUUGCGGAAGCUUCUCGAAACCUGUAAUGCUAGAGCUUCCAUGCCAGACCUUCUGUGUCAUGCAAAAACAGCAUGACUCCCACUCUUCCAGACCCAGACAUAUCUGCAUUCCAUAAGAACCAGGUGGUUUUCGAAUUCGGCCGAUGGAUGAACGAUUCGUAUGGGAGGAAUUGGCAGGAUUUGCGGGAGUAUUUCCACUCCUUUUUUCUCAGUUCGAAUAAAACAUCCGCGGCCAGUCCGUCGGAUGCAAAAGUAGGGAUGACAAGUAGUGCGGUGGCGUCGGCUUCAAAAGCUGCUCUCCAUUCGACCGGGGAUUCCAACGCGAACAAGAAUAGCAACAAACUCCCAAAACAUCUUUUCAUCCGCUGGUUGAAACUGAACAAGUACUCCGGUUCCUGCGAACUGGUUUUCCGGUUUAUGGUGACCAGUUAUUUCCCCGCAGCGGUGCACGGACAGGAGGACAGCUCGUAUUUGGAUUGCGGCCAGAAAAUCUACCACCCUUAUUGGGGAUUGGAAGAUGUUUUGCACUUGGAGCGGUUCUGCAAGUUAUCAAAUGUAAAAAUGUCUGGGUCUGGAAGAAUGCAACUUGUCAUGCUAAAUCUGCAGCAUGCAAAAUUCUGUGUUGCAUGAUUACCAAAAGUCGUCCAGUUUUGGCCAAGUCUGGAGGUAGUUUGUCAUGCAGGAUAGGCAUUAGAUUUAGAAAGGUCUCGCAGAAUCUGUCGUGCUAGGUCCUGCAUUCCAGACCUCAUGGGUCAUGGAAAAGCAGCAUGACAAGUCGCGCAUUCUUCCAGACCCAGACAUUUUUGCAUUUCAUACAAGUUGAAACGGAAUAACAACUACUUGAACAGCGCGAACGCGGGGAUGGAAAAUAAUGCUUUGACGAACACCAGCCACUUCCUCCUCGAAGCCUAUCCAGGUGCGUUAGACCACGAGGUGCACAGCUUUCUCUCUUUAUUACUUCGGAAAUACGGCUCUUUAGGUUUGAUCUGGCGACACUUGUUCAGAAACGGGAAAACCGUGGUACCGAGAAAAACGAAUGGGUCGAACUUGUUAGCCGGGUGUGACACGGUCGGGUUUUUGCCGUUUUCGAGGGCGACGCGGGAGUUUCAUGAUAAGAUUAACAUCAGCCGGGUGUACGAGACGUUGAUCUUCUUCACACAUACGACGAAACUAGAUCUGACGAUUGAUUUAACCGCGGCGAGUCAUCUGUUGCAGAAGGAACUGGAUUGCAACCAGUAUGGUACUACUUCUGCGAAGAACUUCUACGCAGGAGGUGACUCAACAUUGGAAGACACUGUCACUGGAGCGGUCCCCGAGAUGAACAACCCUAUCGCCUCGAUCCGAAAGAAAUUAUGAACUGCAAAAGUAUCGUACUCGUAUAAAUGCAUGACAAAUUUUCUCAGCAUGAGAAAUAGAAUUUGUCAUGCGGAUCUACGUUAAGAAAAAGAUUUGUAAUGCAUGACUGCAAGAAUUACUACGAGUGCGAUACUUUUGCACAGGAUAGAAAUUGUUGACGAAAAACCGGUCAGAUUGGCAGCAGUUUUCGCGGUAUGCAUUGCAAAUAUAUCUGGGUCGGGCUUUAAGAGCAACUUGUGAUGCUGCCUUUGGAUUCUAAAAAAAUUUGCAUUGCAUGAAGAGCAAGAGGACUCCACUUGUUGCUAGUCCGCGGAGAGGGCAUUCGUCAUGCCUGAUAGGCAUCAAGAAGCCCUCAAAAAAUCUGUGAUGCUAGGACAUGCAUCACAGACAUCAUGGGCCAUGAUACAAAAUGUGCAUGACAAACCUUGCACUUUCCCAGUGACCCAGACAUGUUUGCGCUUGAUACGCGAGACUUCAUUAACGAGAACCCCCUGACCUACAAAUCCUGGAAUCCGCACGGGGACUGUUGUUUAGGUCUGUUCACGCGGCAACUAUGGCUACUUUACGGAGGGAAUUUGGAAAAAGCGAUUCACAGCAUCAGCCCCUCGACCGGGAACGUUUCGAUGGAGCAGUUUUUCCUCCUCUGCAUCGAGCUGUUCGGCCCGGCGAUCGUGGAUAGUGUGUACGUUUUGGAAUUUUUGGUAAACCAGGUUUUGUCGACGCAAAUUUUGUCCGACGAUAGUCCAGAGGCGGUUGUGACGCACGACACGAAGUUCUGGGAAGCGUUGCAGGCAAAAAUGCCGGUGAGUGUUGAGGAGGGGAGGGAAUUAUGCGAGUAUUUGAGUUACGACGGGAUUUAUGAUCCACAGGCUGCAGAAGGAGGCUCUACUCAUGGUGGACAACAGCAGCAGGAUUAUACAAUUUCUUCUAAAAAGAAGCCGUUCGACCCGUUUUGCGUGGGUGUGAACAAGAAAAGCCUGGAACUUUACGGCGAGCUUCUCGCAGCCGCGGAGAAAGCAAAAGCGGAAAAGGAAGCGGAAAAAGCAAAAGCCGCGAAGCAAGCUGAACCUAUCCUUUCCCCCGAAGAACAGGCGAAAAGGGAUGCGAUUAGAGAAACGCGGCUCCAAACCUUCGUCGCGCCUAUGCGUGCGAAGCGCAUGGCGCAGCGGUGGCGGAAGAGCGUGGUGCAACGGAAAAAGGAACGGCAGGUGGAGGGCAUGGCCGGGCUGUUCGAAGAAAGUGCGCUGGAGGGAUCGGCGAACGCUGUUGCGGUGUCGCACGACAGCGUUGGUGGGGACUCGUUGAGUGACUUUUCGAACCCGGUGGUGAUGUCAACAAAGACAGGCGAAGCCAUAGCAAGCGCCGCAUCUUCACCAGGGAUUGUCGACGAAACACCAUCCGCUUCUCCGGUUGAUGAUAAUUUUUUAGCCGGUCCUCGUGCAGUCAAUGCUUCGAGUGCGAGUGGUCUCUCCGCAGCCAGUCCCGCUUGGCAAAACGCCAUGGACGGUGUCGUGGACGAGCUAGGGUCUCCGGCCGGUAUUGAAGAAAAGGGCACAAUCGACGAAGUAGAAGACGAACAAGACCCUUUCGGUGCUAUGGCGUUUUACCCUGAUGAAGGUAGUGGAGAGACUGAAGGGAACAUCAAUCCGAGUCCAAGUGAUACCGAAUUGAGCCCAGGUGUAGAUGAUCCGCUUCUGGGCAACGCCACCGUGGGCGCGGCGACUACGAACCUGGAGCAAACUGCCUUGCCCGAUGAACUUGGAUUAGAGCUUGAUGACGAGCUAGGACUCGGUUUACCAGAGGACGAAGCGGGUGAUGCGGCUGGUAAAGCUGCUGCUGGUGCACAACUCGGAAUGCCAGACGAUGAGGAGUUAACACCUUCACCAGGUAUACUACUACCUGAAGGAGAAGCGCCCCAUCCUGAGAGCGUGCAACCAGUGAGUCCAGCGUUCACGGCAGCCGCAGGAGAUCAUGACAACUAUGACCAAGAAACCGAGCGGGCCACCUACACGGAAGGCCAAGGCGCGGCCGGAACCACAGGCCCGCACUUUUCCAAUCUCAACACGAAAAAAUACCAGUCCCUCUCCAACGACUUUGUGCGGUUUUUGCUCACCGAGACGAGCCGGCUAGACAAAAAGAAAGCCAUUGCGCAGCUCUCCCACUACUGCAAUUUUGGAUCACCGCUGUACUUGAAAGUGGGGCAGCAGCAACACGCCAUAAGAACUGGUAAAAACAACUACACCAGAAAUAAUUCGGACCACGAAAACGAUCUACAACUUGGAGAAGGUGACUCAACAUCUCCGGAGCAAAAAAAAUUGAAGCAACAGCUUCUUCUCUCCCAGCACGCGUACAACUUAUCGGACAAAACCCUACAAAAUUACGGCUUCAAGAACUUAGCAGUCACUGCGGAAAAAAUGUGCCAGUCUGCGGGGAUCAUCCCAACGUCGACCUCCCGCCCGAGCAUCGGAAGACUUCCGGCUGCUAACACGGAGGUUGUUCAUCACGAUUUGUUUACCGAUUUCUCCCCCGAGGAGAAGGAGCUUGGGAAGAAACUUUUCCGGAAAAAUAGAAAAGAAAACGCGAACAACUCCUCUUCGAAUCUGUCGAAAGCGUUGACGCAUCUACCAUUGGCGGAAUGGGUGAAGAGGGUGAAUAGUGCUGCUGGUGGGGACCACGAACAAAAAGAUGCGACGGCAGGAGUUGUUACCUCUGGUGCUGCAGCUACACAACCGCUAGACAACCAAAAUCUCCGCCUGAAUUGGGAAGAUCUCCUCCUGGAAGUCUUCCUCACUUUAAGGCCGACUUUGUUGUCUGAAAAGGCGUUUCUUCAAUCCCUAACCGUCGAACACUUUCAAUUCCUGAACAACUACUUCCCGACCAUGCGACCGGACUACUACACCAACGAGGAUUUCUUGCUGCAUUUCGCACGGCAUCUAGUCUUCGAACACGGCGUGAAGAAAAUUUUUCAACAGUUCGAUAGCCCACAAAACGAAGAAGCCGAGGAGAAACAAGAAGAGUGGAACACGACAGAGGUGCUGAACCAACAUGCGACGUUGAUUCGACUCUGGGACGAUUUGGAAGACUCUGUGAAAUUAUAUGAAAGUGAGAAGGAGCAACGGGCGAAGAGACGGAAAAUUAUGAAGUUCAUGGAGGGAAGCCUUGGAGGUGUUGGGAAAAUAAAAGCCAACAACUCUAGCACAUUCGGCGGAUUGGCUUUCUACAACGAGCCUACAGAGGACGACGAGAACUUUAUGCGAGACGGUGUCCCUGUCGCUGCCGUAUCCGCUUCACUCCAAAUCCCGAAAUUACGAGGCGGGGCGAGGACAGAUGCCUCCUCUUCUGCAGAUAAUUCCUCAUCCGCUCAAGGCGAGGCUGAGGACAAUACCUCCGGGACGCAAAGGAGCAAUACAAAUGAGCAGAGCACCGCGAGGAGUAGUUCAUCCGCCGCGAGUUCUGGGACGUCGAGCGGGUCUUCCUCCUCCUCUGCGGCGUCUUCCAGUGCAUCUGGAACGACUUCUGUGACAGCGUCGAAUACAACGACUUCGGGGUCGCCAACCGCUUCUACCUCUAAAACCAGCACUAACAAGCUAUCCAACACGACCUACGAUAGCAUACCGACGAGACAGUUCAAAAACACAAGCAAGAUCAAGCCCGAGGGAGAAGCAGGAGGACCUACAACACAAGACGAUAGCAUACCGACAAGAACGAAGAAGGUCGCAGGAACAUCAACUUCUUCGUUCCUCGCGAAUAGGGCAGCUGCUGCCGUGUCAAAACUGAAUAGAAUCUCCGUCGAUUUCCGGCAAUUUUCGACGAUUUUGAAGGCCUUCCAGCUGAAGACGGACUUUGUCCGGCUGUUUUUGAUCCUGUUUCACGUGGAAAAAUUCGGGAAAGUCCCGAGUUUGGAGGAUUUGUUUCUGGAAAAAGAUGUGAACUCCGCGAUGCUGGGAGCCGGAACGACCGCAGGAGGAGCUGCAUCACCAACAACCACACAAUCUCUAGCCGUCGAUCAAAAACUUCUCCAACAACAAGCUGAAAAUAACCGCAACGUCUAUGUCCGCCGGCAGAAGCGGCUGGAUUUGGAGUUUUUGGCAAAGUACAUAUCAACUGUAAAAAUGUCUGGGUCUGGAAUAAACUUGUGAUGCUAAAAUGUGCAUGAUGGAAACACUUCCGAAUGUAGCCCAGCAUGACAACUUUCCGGAGCGCUUUCUCAUAGGCAGUCCGCAUGAGAAACUACGUUUUUGCAUGGCAAAAAUGGCUAUGGCUUUUGUCGGUUAUGCAAUACAGAUUUUCCAGGAAUGUAAAGCUAGCAUUACAAGUUCCAAUUUUCCAGACCCAGACAUUUUUGCAAUCCAUAGUACAUGGCGUAUAACAAGAUAAAAUCCCUGUCCGAGCUGAAAAUCACGCGGUUUGCUUUUGAUUUCGUCAUCGCACGGUACCGCGGAAAAGACCAGUUUCUGAUCGACAGGGAGCAGUUUGACAGGUUGAAGAUCCAGCAAUAUGGGAAAAACGCGGCCGCGAGCAUGAAAACCUUACACAAGAAGAACUCCGCGGUGCAAAGUCAUCACAGUUCGUUUAUUGGGGAACCUGGUAUACUAAAUUACGGUGGGUCGUCGAAUUUGGAACAUGAACAGGUGGAGAAAACUUUGGGCAUUACCCCCGAGCAAAACCCGGCGCGGAAAUUCCCGUACACUCUAAGAAACUCCGCCGGCAAGGGGUCGUACGGCGGGGAUUUUUCCGCUUCCGGGAGUAACAAGGAGAAAAACGAGAACGUGUAUUUGUACCACUUGGUGAACAACAAAAAGCACGCCUGGAAAAAGUUAAAGGAGAUGGUAAAACCCACGCCGCAAAACUCUUCUUCCGAGGGGGUAUCGCAUAAACGAUUCAUCCAGUUCGCGAAAAUCUGCGGGUUCGAAAUCCCGAAGGGGUUGGAUUUGGCGACCGCGGUGGUGACUUUAGGUGGGCGAGGGUGGAAGCCAUUUAUUUCCUCCGACGACAUGACUGUUGUGACACGGGUGUUGGAGCACAAGAAGAUCUCCACCGGGCUGGGACAGGCGAAGACGCACAUGUUCACGCCGCAAAGUCGGACGAAUUUCGCGCAGCAGGCGCAUAAUUAUGGUGCGGAAAAAGAACAACAUCAAAACGAAGUUGUCGAAAGUACAACUUCUAGAACUACCGCGGCAGGUGGUCAACAGCAGCGCCCUCCCUUUAACACUUCCCCGGUGCAGAACGCGCGGGGGACGUUUGUGAAGGCGAAGACGCUGAAUGAGGGCAUGGACCAGAAACAGAUCCGCGAAAACCGGCUGAACUCGUUAAGGGAAAUCCAGAGGAACCUGGAAUCCGCGCGGGCGAGCAGUGUGAUCGACGAGGAAGACGAGGUGGCGAAAAAGUUGCACGGGAACGCGGGCUAUGCACUGCAAAAGUGUAGUCGUACUCGUACUAAUUGCGGCUAUGCAUGACAAAUCUCGUCGUUCCUCUUCCUAAGCGAAAACAGCAUGAGAAAUUUCAUUUGUCAUGCUUAAAGCAAAUUUGUAAUGCAAAUUAUACUACUACCACGAUAGUACUUUUGCAAUGCAUACGUGCCAGCCGUUCUUCAACUUAAACACGCACAGCCAGAAGGAAGCCGGGAGAACGCGGUUAUCAAAUGUAAAAAUGUCUGGGUCUGGAAGAAUGCGCGAUUUGUCAUGCUAGUUUUCCAUGACCCAUGAGGUUUGGAAUGCAGGACCUAGCAUGACAGAUUCUGCGAGACCUUUCUAAUGCCUAUCCUGCAUGAGAAACUACCUCCCGACUUGGUCAAAACUGGACGACUUUUGGUAAUCAUGCAACGCAGAUUUUUGCAUGCUGCAGAUUUAGCAUGACAAGUUGCAAUCUUCCAGACCCAGACAUUUUUACAUUUGAUAGCGGUUCAACGACGGCUAUUUCAGUUACUACGAGUCCAACGCGACGUUUGCGAUGAAGCGGAAAAGGUGAUUUGGGAAUCAGGAUUUUUUGAGUUUUCUGUUCCAGCUUUAUUCUCACUUUUUUGCGAGCAGUUUUUUACAGUCACAAUCGCAUUAAAUAUUUGAUCUACCCAUUUUUGCGAAGUAGACUUCCUUUUGUCUUCAAAGGUUUUUGUACAUACUAUGAUGAUGAACUACUGUAUGGUUUGCUGAAUUUUCAUGUGAUCAAGAACACCAUGCGUGUUGAAUAGCUGCAUGAGAAAAUAAUUCUCGGAACAAGCCGCGGUGCAAGUGCAAUCCGAUCAUUUUGCAAACGUGGUCCUAGUGAUUUUUCGUUCGUGAAAUAAAGCAGCGGUCGGUUAUAUUAAUUCAUUAAGUCCAUGAGAAGCAGAAGCACCAGAACGAUCAGUGGAAAUGUGGUGCUCUGCACUGUAGUCGCCGUCUGUCAUGCUGGCGGACGAUCUUCUUGCUGGUGGAACUACUUCGUCGUUUUGAGAGCAACUAGAAACCAAAUAACAGGACAACAGAAAUUGAAAUUGCUACGACAUCAGACCGAGCACGGGAAACUGACACACGUGGCACAUGUGGGCAGUUUUACUGGUACCGAUCUGUCGCCGAAUUACUGUCGUGUCCAAAGCCGAAUAGUGCCGACGAUAACUACCAGAGCGUACGGAACUACCACGAUAAUAGAGAUGUACAGGGACGCAGGAACAUCUGUCGCGUUUUACUCGAACUCACAGCUGCAAGCUAGUCUUGCGGUUCACUUCAGUCGGCGUGUAAACCCAAGGGCGGGAGGGAAAGAUGUAGAGGGGAAACAAGGCCUCGCUG